AUGGACUUGGGGUGUAAAGUCCUCAUUUGCAGCUUUGCCUUGGCUGCUUUUGAGUAUGCAUCAGCCGCAGAAAUCCAAACCGCCCCAAACACAGCCGCAACUCUUCCCUGCAACGUGACUUUUCCUCAGUUCAUAAAGGACAUAAACGCAUCUCUUGUUGAAGCCAUUUGGGAGAAAAACGGCUCAAAAAUCGCCUCAUUUGUAGAUUCUGUGUCGGAGAUAGAUGUCAGUUUCAGUUGGGACGUAGCGGACUUCAUCAAAGGAGACUUCUCUCUCUCUGUGAUGAAGAGCAGUCUGAUCCUGCAGGGGGAGUAUGAAUGCACUGUGAGCUACAACUCCACACAGCUGCACGCACAGAAUGUUACUCUCAGUGUUGUGGCAUCUCCCACUGUGGACAUUCCUCUGCAGUGGGUCACUCUGGAGCGAGAGAGCCAUCUCAAAUGCAGUGUGUUGGAUUACUACCCUCCUCCGGUCUCUCUGUCCUGGACUAAAGACGGACAGGAGAUCCAGCCGCUGCAGCAGAUCGAAGGUGAAGAGACGGCUGAGGGCUUCUAUCGGGCUGAAGGUAAUCUGACCUUCUGGCCUUCUAGAGACGACCAGAACGUCACAUUUGGCUGUAGAGUGUUGCACAGUGGUGUGGAAAUACUGCGUGAAGUUCAACUUAACGUGACUUAUGUUCCGACCAUCAAGAUGUCAGCCGUGCCUUCAUCUUCCAGCAGCCACCCUCUGACUCUUUACUGCGACAUUGAAAGCUUCUACCCUGAGGAAAUGUCUGUGUCCUGGCUUCAGAAUGGCACCAUUUUGCCCGACCCUCCCAAAACAGACCAGAAUCCAGAUGGAACCUACAGCACAAGACAAUACUACACUUUAAGCCCAACACAACGACAGCAGGGAGGAGAAGUGGCGUGCUCUGUGGACCAGCCUGGAGUGCAGCGCGGCGAGAGGGCCCUGGAGAAUCUGGAGGAACUGGAUCCUCAAGAAGACGCUCCUGUUCUGACUAAAUCUGCCAAAGCCUCUGUGGCCCUGAUGGUAAUCUCCCUGGUUCUGGUUUUUCUACUUUGCUUCGGAUUUUCUUGGAGGAGAAGAGAUGAAAAACAGAAAUCUUUAAACAUCUCUGGGAUUAUUUUGCCUCCCCGUGUUAUUGUGGGCCAAAAGGGCAGAGUCACGAUCAGCAUCGAAGGACGGAGGGUUGAACAAGUCCAAACAGCGUGGUUCCUCAAUAACACCCCUAUCUUUGACACCUCCGUCACAGCCUCAGAGAAGGGCCCGCUCCUGCCCUCUAGAGCCGAGAUGGGGUACUACAAGCUGCACACACAGGCCCCGCUGCACUCGUCCAAGAGCGGGACGCAGCAGCUCAUCUCUGCACUCACCUUCGUACCGCAGAUCUCUCUCCACAAGGGGGCGGUCUUCAAGUGCCAGGUGUCCUACAUGGGAAAGGACAAGAUAGUGGAGGAAAGGGUGUCAGAGAAAUUCACCAUUCUCUCUGCUCCGGACGUGUCUGAAAUCCAGCUGUCGGAAACGCCCAAAGAUCCAGACGUGAUCAGCCUGACAGUACAGGCCUCACACUUCCACCCGGAUGUCAUCACUUUCCGCUGGUUCUGUCAGGGCGGCGAGCUGAGCCCCGUGGCUUCCCAGGCGUCGUCCUCCCCUCGCCCCAACUCUGAAGGCUUCUUCUCUGCCUACAGUCAGUGCAAACUCCCGCGUUCCGAGCUGGAGAAGGGAGGCACUAAAGUGUGGGUCAGUGUCCAUCACAUUGCACUGAAGCAGCCUGUGACCCGCGAGACCAGAGGAUUCAUUAAGAGACCACAAGUGUCUGAACUCAUCAGCACCACCAACCCAGACCAAAGUGUCACCCUGGGAUGUGAACUCUCGGACUUCUACCCACCGAACGUCUCUGUGGUGUGGCUGAAGGUGAUGGAGGGCCUGCAGGACGACCGCGAGGAGGAGCCGGUCAAAGGGGGAGAGCUGUUUGGCCCUUUGCAAACUCAGGCUCAUCUUUACAAAGCCACCGCCUCACUGAGAAGAGCCAGCGGACAGGACAAGCAGCAGCGGGAAGCAGGCAUCCUCUGCAGAGUCCAGCACUGCUCUCUGCCAGAGCCCAUCGAGAGACUGUGGAGACAUGUGGACACUGGGGCUCCGUAUAUACCUCCAUCUAUCUCUGUGUGCUGGAGCAGUGAGGGCGUGGGUGUGUUCUCUCUCCUCCUGAAGGGGGGGCAUCCCAAAGCCAAGCUGGUGUGGGCAGCAGGGGGCGCUAUCCUGUCCCUACUCGUGUCCAGUGAGACGGAGGACAUCGGGGAUAACGGACAGAGGGAGAUGAAAAGUGUGUGUGCGCUGGAGAGAUCCACAAGUCCACUGGGCCCACCUGAGAAGGGGAAGAGGAGAGAUGGACGAGCAACAAAAACCAAAGCGGCCGUGACAGACGCACACACGGAGGGCAUCAGGUUCAUCGAUGAGAAAGUGGACGGAGAGAACAACAACAUGAGUCUGGAGGAGGACAGCAGGUCUGAUGUGGACGAGGACAGCGACGCGGAGCCACAGGACCCUGGAGCGCUGCACAUCAACAGAGUCAGCGUGUCUCAACGGGGGUCCGCGGACAGAGAGAGGCUGCGGGUCUGUGUGCAGAUCACGCACCCCGCGCUGGAGCUCCCGGUGCACAGGAGCUGGACAGAACCAAAUGAGGAAAUGUCAUCAUCGAUGUGA